AUGGCCUCUGUUGCUGUGUUACAGAAAGGCGAGGGUGCAAUUGACAAAGAGGACUUGCAGGAAGUAUGCCAUCAGUUGCAGCUGGAGCUGAGCGAACUGGUUCUGGACAACCUGAUGGACUACUGUGACGUUGACAAGGAUGGCCUGAUCAGCUUCUUAGAGUUUUCAAACUUCCUCAACUGGAAGGACAGAAUGCCCAUUGACCCUCAGGACCAACACAUUUUAACAAGUGAGUGCAGGACCAGCACUGCCCCAGCCAACAUUAACAGCAGGUCUCUGGCAGGUUCACCAGAACCUGUGGAGUCUAAGGUCUUAAUCAAGCCAGAGGACCUGGAGCCCAUAGAGGCAGGCAGCUCUCUGAAGACCCCACAGACCCUCAGCCGACUCAGGACAGCUCCAGACCAUUUCGUCACCUCCUCCCAAAUCCGAGCCACUGAUUUUAGUCAUUCUAAAACCAACUACCGUACCUACGGCGUUCCCAGUGUGUGCACAGAUUUUAUGGUCCCACGAGUCAAGCGAAUCAGUAACACUAACAACUAUGGUGAAGAAUCUACUUCCACAGACCUACUGUACCCCCCCCCACUGUACUCCUUAGGGGGCAUCAAUGAGGGGCACUUCCUCUGCCCCCACCCCAAAGAAGAGAUUGCAUUGAUCUUCCGAAACGUGGGGGUGAAUAUCGCCAAGGAGAUGUUUGAAGGGGUCUGGAAACUGGCUUCCAUGAAGUAUCCUGCUGGAGCGGUGUGUGUGGACACUCUCCACGAUGUACUCAAGGAAAUUAAAGUGCUCUAACACAAACAGCGUUAUCCAAAACCAGGAAGAAUUGGAGAUCCAAGUUAACUGGAAAAUCAUCAAUCGUUGUGUAAAAUUUGAAGCAAGAAGGGUCAAUCAUCUCAGAAGUGUGACUGUGGACACAAGUUAGUCUGUGAACUGCUGAGCAGAUCAUUUCAAGGCCAGUUGAAAAGGUUGCAAAUAAUUGGAAUAUGAUUUGGGUGCAAACUCAGGAAUCA